GCGGGGGGCGGGGCGGCCAGGCCCGGGACACCCCCUCCCGGUCCCCUGGCGGGGCGGCUUCGGCUCCGGCAGCACUGGAGGCAGCAGCGGCCGGAGGGCGACUUGCGGGGCGCGCCCGCCGCCGCGGACCGGGACGCUUUCCCUUCGGGACCCUGCGCCGACUCCCUCCUCCGCGCGGUCCCGCGGGAGCCGGCGGGACCCCCGGCCGGCAGGGAGCGCCGGCGGCGGCCGCGGCACCAUGAGGCGGCCGUGGGGCGCGCUGCUGCUUGGCGCCCUGCUCUGCGCACACGGGCUAGCCAGCAGCCCCGAGUGUGCUUGUGGUCGGAGCCACUUCACAUGUGCGGUGAGUGCCCUCGGCGAGUGUACCUGCAUCCCCGCCCAGUGGCAGUGUGAUGGAGACAACGACUGUGGGGACCACAGCGAUGAGGACGGAUGUAUGCUGCCCACCUGUUCCCCUCUUGAUUUUCACUGUGACAAUGGCAAGUGCAUCCGCCGCUCCUGGGUGUGUGAUGGGGACAACGACUGUGAAGACGACUCAGAUGAGCAGGACUGUCCCCCCCGGGAGUGUGAGGAGGACGAGUUCCCCUGCCAGAACGGCUACUGCAUCCGGAGCCUGUGGCACUGUGAUGGUGACAACGACUGUGGGGACAACAGUGAUGAGCAGUGUGACAUGCGCAAGUGCUCUGACAAGGAAUUCCGCUGCAGUGACGGAAGCUGCAUCGCUGAGCACUGGUACUGCGAUGGUGACACCGACUGCAAAGAUGGCUCUGACGAGGAGAGCUGUCCCUCAGCGGUGCCAGCGCCUCCCUGCAACCUAGAGGAGUUCCAGUGUGCUUACGGCCGCUGCAUCCUCGAUAUCUACCACUGUGAUGGUGAUGAUGACUGCGGGGACUGGUCUGACGAGGCCGACUGCUCCUCCCACCAGCCCUGCCGCUCUGGGGAGUUCAUGUGUGACAGUGGCCUGUGCAUCAACGCGGGCUGGCGCUGUGAUGGCGACGCGGACUGUGACGACCAGUCUGAUGAGCGCAACUGCACCACCUCCAUGUGUACCGCGGAACAGUUCCGCUGUCGGUCAGGUCGCUGCGUCCGCCUGUCCUGGCGCUGUGAUGGGGAGGAUGACUGUGCAGACAACAGUGAUGAAGAGGACUGUGAGAACACAGGAAGCCCCCAGUGUGCCUCAGACCAGUUCCUGUGCUGGAAUGGGCGCUGCAUCGGGCAGAGGAAGCUGUGCAAUGGGGUCAACGACUGUGGUGACAACAGUGACGAAGGCCCACAGCAGAACUGCCGGCCCCGGACGGGUGAGGAGAACUGCAAUGUUAACAACGGUGGCUGCGCCCAGAAGUGCCAGAUGGUGCGGGGGGCAGUGCAGUGUACCUGCCACACAGGCUACCGGCUUACCGAGGAUGGGCACAUGUGCCAGGAUGUGAAUGAAUGUGCGGAGGAGGGGUAUUGCAGCCAGGGCUGCACCAACAGCGAAGGGGCCUUCCAGUGCUGGUGUGAAGCAGGCUACGAGCUCCGGCCCGACCGGCGCAGCUGCAAGGCUCUGGGGCCGGAGCCUGUGCUGCUGUUCGCCAAUCGCAUCGACAUCCGGCAGGUGCUGCCGCACCGCUCCGAGUACACAUUGCUGCUCAACAACCUGGAGAAUGCCAUUGCCCUUGAUUUCCACCACCGACGCGAGCUUGUCUUCUGGUCAGACGUCACCCUGGACCGGAUCCUCCGUGCCAACCUCAAUGGCAGCAACGUGGAGGAGGUUGUGUCUACAGGGCUCGAGAGCCCAGGGGGCCUGGCUGUGGAUUGGGUCCAUGACAAACUCUACUGGACCGACUCAGGAACAUCAAGGAUUGAGGUGGCGAACCUGGACGGAGCCCAUCGGAAGGUGCUGCUGUGGCAAAACCUUGAGAAGCCCCGGGCUAUUGCCUUGCACCCCAUGGAGGGUACCAUUUACUGGACAGACUGGGGCAACACCCCCCGCAUCGAGGCCUCCAGCAUGGAUGGCUCUGGACGCCGCAUCAUUGCCGACACUCAUCUCUUCUGGCCCAAUGGCCUCACCAUUGACUAUGCUGGGCAUCGUAUGUACUGGGUGGAUGCUAAGCACCAUGUCAUCGAGAGGGCCAAUCUGGACGGGAGUCAUCGCAAGGCUGUCAUUAGCCAGGGCCUCCCCCACCCCUUUGCCAUCACCGUGUUUGAAGACAGCCUGUACUGGACAGACUGGCACACCAAGAGCAUCAACAGUGCUAACAAGUUUACUGGGAAGAACCAGGAGAUUAUUCGCAACAAACUCCAUUUCCCCAUGGACAUCCACACCUUGCAUCCCCAGCGCCAGCCUGCAGGGAAAAACCGCUGUGGGGACAACAAUGGAGGCUGCACUCAUCUGUGUCUGCCCAGUGGCCAGAACUAUACUUGUGCCUGUCCCACUGGCUUCCGCAAGAUCAGCAGCCACGCCUGUGCCCAGAGUCUUGACAAGUUCCUGCUUUUUGCCCGAAGGAUGGACAUCCGUCGGAUCAGCUUCGACACAGAGGACCUGUCCGACGAUGUCAUCCCACUGGCUGACGUGCGCAGUGCUGUGGCCCUUGACUGGGACUCCCGGGAUGACCACGUGUACUGGACAGAUGUCAGCACUGACACCAUCAGCAGGGCCAAGUGGGAUGGAACAGGACAGGAGGUGGUGGUAGAUACCAGUUUGGAGAGCCCAGCAGGCCUGGCCAUUGAUUGGGUCACCAACAAGCUAUACUGGACAGAUGCAGGUACAGACCGGAUUGAAGUGGCCAACACAGAUGGCAGCAUGAGGACAGUUCUCAUCUGGGAGAACCUUGAUCGUCCCCGUGAUAUCGUGGUGGAACCCAUGGGCGGGUACAUGUAUUGGACUGACUGGGGUGCAAGCCCCAAGAUUGAACGAGCUGGCAUGGAUGCCUCGGGCCGCCAGGUCAUCAUCUCUUCCAAUCUGACCUGGCCUAACGGAUUAGCCAUUGACUACGGGUCCCAGCGGCUUUACUGGGCAGAUGCCGGCAUGAAGACCAUUGAAUUUGCUGGUCUGGAUGGCAGCAAGAGGAAGGUGCUGAUUGGAAGCCAGCUCCCCCACCCCUUUGGGCUGACCCUGUAUGGAGAGCGCAUCUAUUGGACUGACUGGCAGACCAAGAGUAUACAGAGUGCAGACCGGCUGACAGGACUGGACCGGGAGACCCUGCAGGAGAACUUGGAGAACCUUAUGGACAUCCAUGUCUUCCACCGCCGGCGGCCCCCAGUGUCCACGCCAUGUGCUAUGGAAAAUGGUGGCUGUAGCCAUCUGUGUCUUCGGUCCCCAAAUCCAAGUGGCUUCAGCUGUACCUGCCCCACGGGCAUCAACCUGAUGCCCGAUGGCAAGACCUGCUCACCGGGCAUGAACAGUUUCCUCAUCUUCGCCAGGAGAGUAGACAUACGCAUGGUCUCCUUGGACAUCCCUUAUUUUGCCGAUGUGGUGGUACCUAUCAACAUUACCAUGAAGAACACCAUUGCCAUUGGAGUGGAUCCCCAGGAAGGAAAGGUGUACUGGUCAGACAGUACACUGCACAGCAUCAGCCGUGCUGAUCUGGAAGGCUCACAGCAUGAGGACAUCAUCACCACAGGGCUGCAAACCACAGAUGGGCUCGCAGUGGAUGCCAUUGGCCGGAAAGUGUACUGGACAGACACGGGAACCAACCGGAUUGAAGUGGGCAACUUGGAUGGGUCCAUGAGGAAAGUGCUGGUGUGGCAGAACCUUGACAGCCCCCGGGCCAUUGUGCUGUACCACGAGAUGGGGUUCAUGUACUGGACAGACUGGGGGGAGAAUGCCAAGCUAGAACGGUCUGGAAUGGAUGGCUCAGACCGGACUGUGCUCAUCAGCAACAACCUAGGAUGGCCCAAUGGUCUGACCGUGGACAAGGCCAGUUCCCAACUGCUCUGGGCUGAUGCCCACACUGAGCGAAUUGAGGCCGCUGACCUGAACGGCGCCAGUCGGCAUACGCUGGUAUCUCCCGUGCAGCACCCAUAUGGCCUCACCCUGCUUGGCUCCUAUAUCUACUGGACUGACUGGCAGACCCGUAGCAUCCACCGUGCCGACAAGGGUACUGGCAGCAAUGUCAUCCUGGUGAGGUCCAACCUGCCAGGCCUCAUGGACAUCCAGGCCGUAGACCGGGCACAGCCACUGGGUUUUAACAAAUGCGGCUCUAGAAAUGGCGGCUGCUCCCACCUCUGCUUGCCUCGGCCCUCGGGGUUCUCCUGUGCCUGCCCCACUGGCAUCCAGCUGAAGGGAGAUGGGAAGACCUGUGAUCCCUCUCCCGAGACCUACCUACUCUUCUCCAGCCGCGGCUCCAUCCGGCGUAUCUCGCUGGACACCAGCGACCACACAGAUGUGCACGUCCCCGUCCCUGAGCUCAACAAUGUCAUCUCCCUGGACUAUGACAGUGUGGAUGGAAAGGUCUAUUACACAGAUGUAUUCCUGGAUGUUAUCAGGCGAGCAGAUCUGAAUGGCAGCAACAUGGAGACAGUGAUCGGGCGUGGCCUGAAGACCACCGACGGGCUGGCAGUAGACUGGGUGGCCAGGAAUCUGUACUGGACAGAUACGGGCCGAAAUACCAUUGAGGCAUCAAGGCUAGAUGGUUCCUGCCGCAAAGUGCUGAUCAACAAUAGCCUGGAUGAGCCUCGGGCCAUUGCCGUUUUCCCCAGGAAGGGGUACCUCUUCUGGACAGACUGGGGCCACAUUGCCAAGAUUGAGCGGGCAAACUUGGACGGCUCUGAGCGGAAGGUCCUCAUCAACACAGACCUGGGUUGGCCCAAUGGCCUUACCCUGGACUAUGAUACCCGCAGGAUCUAUUGGGUGGACGCCCAUCUGGACCGGAUUGAGAGCUCUGACCUCAAUGGGAAGCUACGGCAGGUGUUAGUCAGCCACGUGUCCCACCCCUUUGCUCUCACUCAGCAGGACAGGUGGAUCUACUGGACAGACUGGCAGACCAAGUCAAUCCAGCGUGUCGACAAGUACUCAGGCCGGAGCAAGGAGACGGUGUUGGCGAAUGUGGAAGGGCUCAUGGAUAUCAUUGUGGUUUCUCCUCAGCGGCAGACAGGGACCAAUGCCUGUGGUGUGAAUAAUGGAGGCUGCACCCACCUCUGCUUUGCCAGAGCCUCUGACUUCGUGUGUGCCUGUCCUGACGAGCCCGAUGGCCGGCCCUGCUCCCUUGUACCUGGUCUAGUGCCCCCAGCUCCCAGGGCUACCAGCAUAAGUGAAAGGAGCCCUGUGCUACCCAACACACUUCCUACCACCUUGCGUUCCUCAACCACCCGGACCCACACAUCUCUGGAGGAGGUGGAAGGAAGAUGCUCUGAAAAGGAUGCUCGGCUGGGCCUCUGUGCACAUUCCAAUGAGGCCAUACCUGCUGCUCCAGGGGAAGGACUUCAUGUCAGCUACGUCAUCGGUGGACUCCUCAGCAUUCUGCUGAUUUUGGUGGCAAUUGCAGCUUUGAUGCUGUACAGACACAAAAAAUCCAAGUUAACUGACCCGGGAAUGGGAAACCUGACCUACAGCAACCCUUCCUACCGAACUUCCACUCAAGAAGUGAAAAUUGAAGCAAUCCCGAAACCAGCCAUGUACAAUCAACUGUGCUAUAAGAAAGAGGGCGGGCCUGACCAUAACUACACCAAGGAGAAGAUCAAGAUUGUAGAGGGAAUCUGCCUUCUGUCUGGCGACGAUGCUGAGUGGGACGACCUCAAGCAACUCCGAAGCUCACGGGGGGGCCUUCUGCGGGAUCAUGUGUGCAUGAAGACAGACACAGUGUCCAUCCAGGCCAGCUCUGGCUCCCUGGAUGACACGGAGACAGAGCAGCUGCUGCAGGAAGAGCAGUCUGAGUGCAGCAGUGUCCAUACCGCAGCCACUCCUGAAAGACGGGGCUCUCUGCCAGACACGGGCUGGAAACAUGAACGCAAGCUCUCCUCAGAGAGCCAGGUCUAAACACCGUCGUUCCCUUCCCUCCCUGCCUGUUCCCUCUCCUUCAUGGACUUACGGUCCUUGUGCUCACUUAUACAACAGGCCCCCUUCCUAUGUGCUCGUCCUUCUCCUCCACCUCCCACCCCAUAACCGCUCCCGGGUCCUCCGCGGGAGCUGUUUCCACCUGAGUCCGUAACUACCUGUGCACAAGAAAUGAUGGUGCAUCCCGAAAAUUUAGACCUGGAUUUUACCGCCAACUUCACCUCUUGCACCCCAUCCUGAGCCCCCAAAACUAGGCUCAGUAAUGAUUCCUCCUCAGCACAGAGCUUUUCCCUGUACCCUGCCUCACAAGAACUGAUGAUCCAAGACUUCCCUCUCUCCCGUCAGAGCCAGCCUGGCCGCUUCUCUAAGAGAACUUGCCCAUCAGGAGCUGGGGCAGGGGUCAAGGGUAAAGAGAGAGAUGAAGGAUAGAGGCUGAGAGAGGAAGGAGGAGUGAGCCCAGCUGGUAUGGGCAUCUGGGAAGCCUCCAGCCUCAAGUGCAUUGGUAACAUGAGAAAGCUUUUAGGGUGGUUGGGCCGCGUGUCCUGUCCAUUGCUGGCAAUGGAUAUUAUUCUUGCCCUAAGAGCUGCUGUUGUUUUUUUUUUUUUUUUCAGCUGCCGAUAUUGGUGAGAUCUGGGUGUGGCUCAAUCUGUUCUUCCUCCUGCUAGUUUGUCUGGAAGCUUUUCUACCUUCGGAUGACAGGGCCUUUACCGCAUGGCAGCAGCUAAUAUGAAUUCCCCCGUUGGUGCCACUGCUGGCCAGUACCCUUCCUAUGUCUUUGACUCUAAGUCACCAGGUUGUGAGCAGGGGCUUGAGGAAUGUGGGGCCCCGAGGGCUAAGUCUUUGCAACAUCUUACCAGCGCUGUCUAGACCCAAAGCAGCAUGUCACCUGGACCUUCAUGUUCUGCCACCCUCUCCCCGCUCAUUCUCUGGGAUUCUGAGCAUAGAGACCGUGAAACAACUUUUCAAAGAAAUGGCCAAAAGUCUUCAUAAAUGGUCAGGAAGAGAGAUUGGGUUAUAGACUUGGGGCACCCAGGGCCUAACAGGAAGUAUCCAUGAGGUUGAACCUCCUGUGUUGUCUCUCAAGUGCUCAGGGAUCAAAGUUAGUGGACAGAGAACCUGUGGCUGUGGGGUGGUGAAGUUCCCAUUCCAACUCUUUUCCCGGCUAAGUGACUGACUUUCCAUGCUGUGAUGCCAUCACUUGGUUCGUGCCCAUUCACACAAAGAGCGUGUGUCUCGUGCUAGUCUCAGGGGGAGUUGAGACCUUUUUCUCAGCCCUAAAUCUUCUACAUAGCCCCCUCCUUCCCCCCACCCCCCGCCCCAAGUUGCUUUUUCUGACUUAGCCUUGUGGUGGUGAGGAGGGCUAAAUCAAGACACAAAAGUAGGGGGCAGGAUGUAGAAAGGUAGAACCACUGAUGAAGCGCUCUCAGCCUGGAGCAGAUCCAGACCUCCUCCACCCAGGAACAAGAAGCAAUAGGAGAGGACAAUGGGCUGAGAAGAGAGGCGAGGGCUUGUAGGGGAAGUUUCCUGAUUUGAAACCUCUCCUGUGGUUCUUGGUAUUGAGAAAUCAGCUGCCAAACAUGUGAGUAAAAAAGAAAAAAAAGAUAAGAGCAAAGCUUUUCUGGUCACUUCUAAGGCUGCUAGAGACAGGUGCCAAGCCCUUAGCCCUGUUAGUAACCAAGCCAGGUCUGGGCCCACACAGGACAGCCUGGCCAGGCCAGCAAGUCUUUUCCAGUACACAAAGUGGGAAAGGCGAGGUGCCACUUAUGGGAUGAAAGGGAGACAUUUCACAUUUGACAGGGCAGGAAAAGAGCACUUUGGGUCCUCAGACUCUUGGUUGAGGAUGAGGAGAAAGUAGAAAAGUGGCAUUUUCUUGAUUGGGAAGGGGGAAGGAUCUUAUUGCACUUGGGCUGUUCAGAAUGUAGAAAAGACAUAUUUGAAGAAAUCUCUAUUUGAGCACUGAUUCACUAUGUAAAAAGCAAAACCUCUCUUGUCCUAAACUAAUGGAAGUGAUUCUCCCGCGCUCAUGUGUAAUGGUUUUAACGUUACUCACUGGAGAGAUUGGACUUUCUGGAGUUAUUUAACCACUAUGUUCAGUAUUUUAGGACUUUAUGAUAAUUUAAUAUAAAUUUAGCUUUUCUUAAUCACUGUGCCUGGCUUGGAGUCAUGACUAAUCAUUGCACCCGCUCUGUCUGGCAGACCCAUGCUUUCAAAAACCUUCUUGCAACAUCACCUUUAAGUCCCUGGGGGAUGUGAGGAUGGUGAAGAACAAUAAAAGGUGUGAGGUUCCUGGUUGAAGGGUCAACUCAUCUUGAGAAGACAGGUCAAGACCAGAAUUCAUUGGCUUGUGAAAUCCUUACUUCCUCUAGAACAGGGAUGGCAGGUUUUAAUCUCGAGUGUCGACUCUGAUUGGUUGGCAGUGGCUGCCUGAGGUCCUGGGGAGACUCCAAGGGGAAAGUGUCAUGAUUAUUAGUGACCUCUCCAGGCGCUGGAAGGAAGUAUAUGACAUAUAUACUAUAUAUCUUCUAUUUCUGUUCUAGGUCUAUGAGGACUUCAUUGUCACAGAACUUGACUUUGCCUUGUGAUGAUAGUCCCUGGCAAGACUGUCAGAUAUAGUAAGAAAAGUACUGGGGACAAGGAAGGUUCAUUAAGGCCCAGAUAUGCUACUAGCUCUUUUUGAUCUUAGUAAAGUUUCGUAGUUUCGAAGAAUGGAUCAAAUCAACACUAAGAUUCCUUUUAUUUAUUUUUAUUUUCUUCCUUUUAUUUUAAAAAAGCUUCCUUGUUAUAAUUUAUCCACUACAUCUCAAGGCUAGGACAGGGGGUUGGGCUCCCUUCUCAGGUUCCUAAUGAUGAUUAGGAAUCAUGGAAGUCCCGUGCGAGACGUAGAAUUUUAUGUCAGAACCCAGUAGUUGAUUUUCUAAACCACAGACCUUUUAUAGAAUAAUGCUUCCGUUAAUUCGUUUAUCGCUUACUGUGGGCCAAGCCUGACCAUAGAGCUUAGAAUCUAGCAAGAGCCUCCACCCCCACCCUACAUACCCCCCCCCAAAAAAAAGAAAGAGAAAGCAAGAAAGACUGAGCCUCUUGUAUUUAAAUGACAAGAGAUCUGACACUAAUUUUUUUUUUUUUUUAUUUUUUAGAUCUGACACUAAUUUACAGUGUGUAACUCUUUCAACUUUGGUAAGGGAUAUGUGCACCAGAACAGAAACAAGUGGAAUAGUUCAAGGACAACUAUCCCCUCACUCAACCAUUCUUUUUUUCUUUUCUUUUUUUUUUUUAAUAACUCAUACUGAGAGAAAAGCAUUUUAGGUGAUGAAAUCCAGCCUAAAGUAUAAGCCUAUAUACCUGUAGAAAGUACCCCCUCCCAAAGGCUCGGGGUUAUGGGCCAGGCCAUGAACAGUGACCACUUGAGCUGAGAACUCAGGAAGAACUUUUCAGAUGACAAGAAAAAUUAAUGCGUUGAGCACACACCAUUUGCUUGAAAGCCUGGGAGAUGUUUCUGGGAGAACAAAAUUUGGUGACUACAUUUUGACACCUUGUGACCACACGAGCCAGUGUAAUCAGGUAUUCAACACUGCCUGAGCCUUAGAGAUCCCACUAAUCUGUGACUGUCCUGUCACUUCAGCAGGAAAUGGGAAUGGGAGAAGAGGCUGGGCCUGGUGGCCCAGGUCUUGACAACAAUCUGUUAGUGGGCAGAUGAGACUUUAGCAACACUGUCAAGGACUAGCAUCUGUUUUCGGGUUAUGCACAUGCCUUGGCUUUUACUGUCCUGAUGAGUAAAAUGAAAAGGUUGAGCCAGAUGAUUGCUAAGGUUAUUUCUGUCCUGAAACUUGUUUUUAUGUUCCUUCCGAGAAACCUUAAGGAUGAAACAAGAGUUGUCCUUAUCUGGUUCUCUAGAUAUAAAACCUGAAGCUGAUGAGUAGGGAGAGAGUUAGUCAAAUUCUAACCAACUGGACAUAUUUUUAUAAGCUAAUUAUGUUCAAAACACAGUCACUGCCCUUCUUUCUAUAUUGCAUGAACAGAUGAUGGAUCCUAAGAUGAAAAGAUCUCUGUGGCCCAUAGAGAGGUCUCCAAGGCAUGAUCUGAAGCUUUCACCAAACCUAAGCCUACAGCAAACAAAGUCAGUGCUACAUAGGAACUUAGAAAAGGCAUCUGCAAGAGCUGAGGGUGUACAGGGUUCUAAGUGUAAUGCACUGACAUUCAAGAACAUAUAGUAAACUUCAGUUAUUUCUACCUAUGGACAUAACGAUUACAAAUGGAGUUGAGCCCUUUUUAUAGCUAAAAAAAAGUCUGUAUGAGUGUGUCUUUUCUUCAUAUGUGAAAAUGACUCAACUGAUCCACUUAAUAGGAUGUGUGUUUGGGGAUGUUUCAGGCAGCCUUUGUUUUGUAACAUUCCCUCACUCACCCAUUUAUUUUCUCUCUAGAUCAUUCUCCCAUUAAGCAGCUGGCAGAGGCUAAGCAGAGCUCAGCUUGCGGAACAGAGUCAAGGCUCCAACUCACAAUUUUGGACUCCUUUGACAUGAUGUUAAAACAGAUCCAGACAGCCUAAUUAAGGGUCUGAGUUUAAACCCAAGGCUGAAGUUAGCCCCAAGCUACGCAAUCUGCCUUUUUCAUUUUACAAGACACAUAGAGCCAAGAACUCUCACUUAUCUUGCCCUUCUCCGUAGUUUUCCCUGCAGCCCUAAAAGCCUGUUGACAGCCUGCUAAUGAAGUCCCUAUCUCUCCCUCUGCCUCCUUCCUCUUUGGUGGAGCUGAUGCUUCUGUGGUCAGAGUUCUUGGACAGCCUGAAUUUGGGGGGCUAUGGGAAAAUGGGCUAUGAGAAAAGAGAAAAGCGUUAUUCAUUCCUUCAUUCACUCAAUACCUAUUAAAUGCAACCAGUGAAACCCGGGAUAGCCUCAGAGGCCAGUCAAGGCACAAAAACCUAGAGCCACUUGAGACCUGUGUUAAUGUCACCACUGCUGUCUCCAGGGAAUAAUGCACUAGGUACCUGGACUGAAAGUUGAAAGGAAGUUAAUCAUUGAAGCCGUUCCUCUUAGGCUGGAAAUCUGGGUCCACGUCCCAUGGUAGAGCUGUUUCUCUCCCAGAAAGCAGCUUGUGAUUACAAUGGAAUGAGCACUGUCCCAAGCCUUGGCAGGCUUUUCAGAAAUGCCCAGCACAUUUAUUCAGCAGCCACAAUGUUUGGCAUCUGUUUCCUGCUUCCAGUUGCAAUAAUACAGUGUUUGCCUUGAUCUCUAAUGCCUCCAAGGGGUUCACUUCCCUGUUAAUAUUUUCCUUAUGUAGAACUACUGAGAGGCCCUUGGAAUAAAGUAAGCACACGUCACUCUAAUAAAUACAUAGAUAAAUGCUGUUUGGUGAUAAUCCUGGACUGCAAAAGAUGACUGGCCAAACAUUUAUUGAACACCUACUAUGGAGCAAGAUGUUAUGUUAGGUUUCUACAAGGCCUUACAGGAUCUGCCACUCCCCUGCCCUCUGUUGCCUAUCAGACCUCAUCUCCUGCUACCCUCCUGCCAACUACUCUGCUUCAGCUAUACAGGCCUCCCUGUUUCUCUAACCUGAGAGGCGUGUUCCCAACCUAGGGUCUUUGCAUAGCUGUUUCCUCUGGCCUGCACUUUCUUCCUCUAGAUAAAUUCAUGGCUAACUCCUUUGCCUUCCUCAAGUAUUUGCUUAAAUGUAACAUUCUGAAUGAAACCUACUCUGAUCACUCUUUAUAAAAUUGCAGUCUUUCUAACUCUACUUCCCAAUCUCUUUCACCGUGUUUUACUCUUUUUUCUUUUCGCAUUGCAUACAUUGUUUAAUAACAUACUAUAUAAUUUAUUUAUGUGUUGAUUGUCUAUGCUUUUUCACUAUAAUGUGAGUACCAUAAGAGGGACGUGUGUGUGUGUGUGUGUGUGUGUGUGUGUGUGUAUUUUGUGCACUGAUUAUCCCAAGUGCCUAGAAUAGUCCCUGCACAUAUUAGGUGCUCAAUAAAUAUUUGUUGAAUGAACGAACAAAUAAAUGCAUGGAAUCAGACAUCUAAUGCCCACUAGGGCUGCACCUAAACCAUAUAAGACAAAAAGGGAUUUGCCAUCCUGUUCUAAAGCUCUCCAGGAUCCAGACUCCAUACAUCCUUUAUUGAGCAAAUUCCAGUUUACCAUCUUGCUCUCCUUAUAAAUGUAAUCUUCAACUUAUUUCCGAUAAUAUUUAAAUAAAGUAAACAUACCAAUGACUGAAAAA